GUUCGAACUAUUUAAAAUGUAGAAAAACCUUUAAAAAAUCUACUAAUAUAUUGUAAAACAAUAAAGGACUUAUUAAAUAAUAAGUGGAUAACAAAAUAUCUAUACCUGCAAACGUAAAGAGAAAUGUCAGAAGGAACUGACAGAUUGCUGGACUCGGAUGGACCAUGCCACAAUUUGGCGGAGGAGCUAUUACGUGAAAUGCCAGAUAUGAAAGACGAGAUCGAGCAGGAAUUAAAAGAUGCAUUGUCAAAAAAUAAUGAUAGUAAAAUAAAAAACAUACAACAACAAUACGUGGAUGGAGGAGCACUUAAAAAAAAAGUUGGGGACUAUUUGUCUAAGCCACAUAAAGAUCUUGAAACAACGGAAGAUUUUGAGGAAUCAAUGGAGUCGGGAGAGGUCGCAAAUAACUUGAUAACCAAUGUAACCAUAGAAAGUUGUGAAACUGAAAAAGCGAAAACGGAGAUAAUGAAAAUGGACACAGAUUAUCAGGAGAAUAAUCACGGAGUACGCUCAAUUGACAGUGUGAAUGAAAAUAAUGACGAAAACGUUGAUCAAACAUCCCAAAAUGAAUCUGAAAACAACACAAAAACAGAAACCAAUAUCCGUAAACGUGAGAAUGAAUGUUCUGAAAGUGUCAGUACAAUCUUGCAAGAUGGUCCAACUGCCAAACAAGCGAAAUUAGAGGUUCCUGGCGAAAGGAAGUCAAUUAUUGAAGUUCAUAUCUCUAAUAAGGGGAUUGAUAAUGAAGAAGAGACUGCAGAGUUGGAACGCAUACGUAAACUGAAGGAGCAAACUGUUAUUGAAUUGCAUAGAUUAAAGAGUCAAGAGGAUAAACUACUCAGAAUCGAGAAUAUAAACAAGCAAUUACAAAAAAAUAUUGAACAAAAACGAGAGCAAAAUGAAGCGAAUGAGUCGGAGGAUAAUAAUGGAAAGGAGGAUGUAGCUCUAGAAAAAGAAGAAUUUGUAAGUAAUGACAUGGACAUUGAGACUAGUGAUAAUAAAAAAUUGACAAUUGGAAACGCCGAUGGCAAUAGCCAAAAUGGCAUUUCGAAAGAUCUGCCGAAACUUAAUACGGACGGUAAACCGUGUUAUACACAUGAUAACAGCCAAAUGAAGAAACAUGCAGAUGUUCUAAAAGAGUCUGCAAAUGAAAAUAUUAAAGCUACAACGUUAACAGAAAUAGCGACGACAUCCGUUCAAAUAACGUCUACAGUACUCAAUGAUAAUAGUAAUCACUCUAACAUGGGGGAACAUGAAAAUCAUACACCACCAGAAGAACUCACAACCGAAGAAGCUGAUCGAGAUCGAGAGUUACGCGCAUCGGGUGCAACAUUUCUUCAGCAUUUACCUUGCUUUAAACUUCAACACAACUCGGAAAGUGCUGCUAGAACAAUCUCCAAUGACAAUGUUGUAGCUGACCGUGCCAUACCGAGGUGCCGGGAAUGUCGACGCCGCAAUUCUCAGGGUGGUUCAGACGUUUAUUGUCGAUUUUAUGAAUUCCGUCGAUUGCAGUACAAUGAAAUGGGUGAAUUAGUUGUUUCUGGAUUCCCCAAUCCAUAUACUGAUCCGACUGCCGACGAUUUGCGCAUAUGGCAACCAGACGACCAUAGUGUGCCUACUGCAGGAUGGAUGGACAUCCAAGUAGCUCGCUAUAUACUGCUACAUGCUGGUGACCAAUUUUGCUAUCUGUGGCAACAGGAGGCUGAGGCCUUGCGUUUACACGAAAACCCGAAUAGUAUAAUCGCCUGGAAGAAGGUGGUACAAGGUCUACGUGAGAUAUGCGAUGUGUGCGAUACAACACUUUUUAAUUUUCAUUGGACUUGCGACAAGUGUGGCUUUGGUGUGUGCCUUGAUUGUUUCAAAGACCGUAAAGAGCAGCGCAGUUGUCGAAAGAGGCGCACUGGUGAUAAGACGCAACGUGGACAUGAUGAAUUCCAUUGGAUGCUAUGUACAGCAACCACGCCUACUCACCAAAAACAUGAACUACGUGAUCUCAUGCUAACACAGAUCAUUGCUAGUGAUGCGCUAAACGUUUUGGGCCGUCUCCUUCAUGAUAUUCGUGCCAUGUGGCAAGUGCCCCAGAUGUGCGGCUGCUUGUUAAGCAAACAGAACCUUUCGCCAGAUACAGAACUAGGUAUUUUAAUACAGGACAUGAUCAAGGAAUCUCAAUUAAAGCAGCAGACGAGCGCUUCAUCGCUAGCUACUGAAGAGACAUUACGUAAGCAGGCGCGAAUGGAAGAAUUGCAUGCUAAAAAGUUAGAGUUUGCACGAGCAAGAGGUAUUGAUUAUGUGCCAGGUCGUGUAUGGACCAAGCAAACUUUGGGAAAGGACCCCAUAACAACCGCUUUUGAUAAUUUUAAACAUAUAAACUUUUUACGAAAGGGUUUGGCAGGCUUACGUCGAUUUUUGCCACCACGCGCAAUGACUUUAACCCAUUCGACAAUGCUAGCACCUGGCGUACCACAUGAAUGGUUAUGUGAUGGCAAGCUCCUGCGUUUAACGAAUGCUAUGCAUCCAGAUAAUCGUAUACUUUUUCAGGAGGUAUGGAAAUGUGGUCAGCCCGUUAUGAUCUCGGAAGUAGCGCGAUCACUGAAUUUGGACUUAUGGCGUCCCGAAGCCUUCUGUAAGGAUUUCGGCGACAAGCCCAACGAUUUGAUAAACUGCCUAAAUGGCAAUUUAGUGCCGAAUCAACCGAUGCGUUAUUUUUGGGAGGGAUUUCAAUGCAUUAAGAAACGAUUGCUAGACGGCAAUGGUAAACCGAUGUUACUGAAACUGAAAGACUGGCCACCGGGCGAUGAUUUUGCUGAAAUAUUACCGACGCGUUUUGCGGAUCUCAUGACCGGCCUACCCAUGCCCGAAUACACAUUGCGUACCGGCAAUUUGAAUAUUGCCAGCUGCUUGCCGAAGAUGUUUGUACCACCUGACUUGGGACCGAAGAUGUACAAUGCCUACGGCUCUGCAUUGCAUCCUGACAAAGGCACCACUAAUUUGCAUUUAGACAUUUCUGAUGCUGUAAAUAUAAUGGUAUAUGUGGGCGUGCCACAAGACGCGGAUAGUAAACCUCAAUUGGUAGCUACACAAAAAGCAAUCGCUUUGGGUGGCUGCGAUUAUUUGACACGCGCCCGAUGUCAAACACCUGACGUCCUCCCGGGCGCAUUGUGGCACAUUUUUCCUGCUCGAGACGCUGAUAAAAUCCGCGAUCUCCUCAAUCGUGUUACAAUAGAGAAGGGUUUUCGUUUAGAGCCCGACCACGACCCUAUACACGAUCAGAAUUGGUAUUUAGACGAUAAAUUGCGUGCACGCCUAUUCAAGGAAUAUGGUGUAGAAGGAUAUCCUAUUGUACAGUGCCUGGGCGACGCAGUGUUCAUCCCGGCUGGUGCACCACAUCAAGUACAAAAUCUCCAUAAUUGCAUAAAAGUAGCAGAGGACUUUGUAUCACCAGAGAACAUAACACAUUGUUAUCAUUUAACCCAUGAAUUUCGUCAUUUAUCACAUUCACACACCAAUCACGAGGACAAAUUGCAGAUUAAAAACAUAAUUUAUCAUGCCAUCAAAGAUUGCUGUCAUAUAUUAGUGCGCGCUUUGGAUCAACGACUUGACGAAGAGUUAGCUAAGGUGGAGGCGCAGCAUGCAAAGGCUGAAAUGAGCCUCCGUGAAAGAACAGAACUCGAAGCCAAACUCCAUGGCAACAAAUAAGAUUAAGCUUCUUUUUAUUAAUAACUACUAUAAAAUUUACAGUUAAAUUAUAUUGAUAUACUUAAAUUUUUAUUGCAUUAAUAGAUACAUAAGUACAUACUGUGUAGCUCUACAUGUAAUUAUAAAUAAAUAUCUAAAAAAUUUUUUAUUAAAUCUGUUUUCUUGAGGA